ACCAUCACACCAUCUUGUAAACUGACCUUUCAUUCUGCGAGUAGGAGUGAUGAAGGUGCAUAUGCAAUACAGCUGGAGAUGGAGGACUUUCCCAAGCAGACCAUCUUUCUCCAUCAAAGUGAUGAUGUGGAGACAACAAGGACUCCCAGUGAUGCUCUCAGCAAAAUACCAAUCAGAUUUGGUCUAAUAGUGGACCCGCCUGUGCCAUCCUGUUCAGAGGGAGCCUACCUGCCCAAGUUUCUGCCUCCAACCCCCGUCAGUGGGACUCAGCUGUUGGCCUAUAUUAAUGAAACAUUGAAUAUUACCAUUAUGGCAGAGGCAACCAACACCAUGGUCUCAAAGCUUUUGUUCAGUGGACCACACAGCGUUGUGAAACAUGUUGUAUCACAUGGAGAAUUCAUCCUGACCUGGACACCAUGUGACAGGGAAGAUGAAGAAAACCAUCCCAUCUGCUUCGUAGUCCAGGCAGAGUUAAAUACGGCCAAGUAUCACUCUGAGCUACGCUGUGUGAUUGUGAGCAUUCAAAUUAGACCAAUCACCACUCCUCUGCCAACAACUGUUCUGCCUUCAACCACCCCAGAACAUACAACCACUCUUCUGUUCAUAAAUGAAACAGAAGAUCAGAAGAAGGUGCUAUAUGAGUCCACAGGAUCAGGUGACGACAGCAUGGGUGCUGGCAAAGUUGUUGGUAUUGUGUUUGGUGUUGGAGCCGUCGCAGCCAUUGUUGGCAUUGCCUUGUGGGCUUUAAAUCGAAGUUCUUCUGUGCUCUAAAAAAGUUGGAGCUUUGGAUGAAGAUGGGGAGAACAAACCUGUAGAAUCUGGAAAUCACUGGUCUUCUAGCUACUUUCAGCUGCUCGCUUCUUGCGUCCCAUUCCAAUUUCUACAAAUGUAAAUGUUAUAUAAUGCAGGUCUGCAUUUUACUGUCAAAGCCUCACAUAAAUGGUCAAUGAACUGUUUUGAGUCUUUGGCUCCAUCUGUUGGUGAAAUGAUGGCAUUAAUGUACAAGGUUGUUCAUUAAAGCUACAGGCAGACUCCCCCAGAUGCAGGUGACUCUGUUUUAUCAGAGGAAAAUUUAAAUACUGGGAAAAGGAAAU